AUGAUUGCAGAGCCUGCCGGUGCCGAUCGACCGAAGGGUUCAACCCCCAAUGCUGGCCCUGCAUCUCACCCAGAUCCCACUCCCAGAUCUGCUGCAGGAAACUCCACCGCUACUGCUACUCCUGCUCCUGCAGCCACUGCCAGAUCUGAUGCAGGAAACCCCACCGCUACUGCUGCUCCUGCUCCUGCAGCCACUGCCAGAUCUGCUGCAGGAAGCUCCACCGCUACUGCUGCUCCUGCUCCUGCAGUGACACCAUAUGAUCCAUCGAUAUCGCCUGGAGUAUCGACAGCUGUGGGGACGUCGCCAUUGCCGCAGGGUAACGCACCCAAAAAACCUAAGGGAGAAGCGGACAAACGAAGGAAACAGGUUGUGAUAAAAAGAGAAAAACUAAAGGAGAAUAGCCUGGUACAAAGCGAUAAUUUCACAUGGAAAGUGAUCAAACUCCUAGGAUCUGGAGGAUUUGGUGAUGUUUAUCAGGUUGUUAAAGAAAAAAAUAACGACAAAAAGGCAAGUACAAAACUCGAUAGCGAUUUUCUAGGAUACUGGACUGCAUAUCAGUGA